CAUGAAAUUUGCUUUAUCUAUGUUUACCUGUCGAUUGUCAUUUCUGAAGCAGUAACGUAGCCGGACGAGAGUUUAAUUUGGUUGAUUUGGUGUACAGGUGGCGUCUCCUAUUGCAAGGUAGCGAAUGUAUGUGUCACAGCUCUUGCGAAUUCUCCAAACUUAUCCAACGCAUGUGAAUAAUGAAAUCCGAUGAACUGAAGGAAGCCAUGAAAGAGAGUCCUAAAAGAUAUACAAAUCCUUUUUUAUCAGACGAAGAGAAUGAAAAAGUCAACUUCUGGAACAAUCAAGAACUUGAAUGUUCAAAUAUCGAGGAUGAUUUGACCAAUAAUUGUGACGAUGAAAAGUUUAGAUCUUUAGCACCAUGUAAUCUUCCUUCAGAAUUUUUCGAGAAAGAAACCGACUUUUACACAGAUAAAAAUGUCAUGGAAUGUGAGCUGCCUGAGUUGUUAGUAUGUUACAAAGAGAGUGCCUUCCAUGUUAAGGAUAUUUGUGUUGAUGAAGGAAUACCUCAUGGGGAAAGGAUUUUGUUUGAUGAGAAUAAUCAUGAAAUUCAUUGCAUCUCUUCUCCUGCUAACGAAGGUAAACAAGAUGAGAUAAUCGAGGAUAGUCUUCAUACUCAGUAUCUGAAGCCUGAAGGGUUGAGAUUUUCACAUAUGGAGGAUUAUUACAUGGAAUCUGAUUUGCCCGUUUUAGAACCUACAGAUGAUCAUAUGGAUGUUGGAGAUAAUCGUGAUGAAGUGAUUGAAAGGAAUCUUGAUAUUCAGCUUGUGAUGGGUGAAAAGAUAAGACCUUCGUCUAGCAAAGAUUCUUGCAUGAAAUCUGAUGCAUCUUCGGAGACCCAAGAAAUUGAUACUAAUUUGCCCGUCAGUGAGCCUGUCAAUGAUUAUAUAGAUACAGAGAUUGCAGUUCGAUGUUUCCAUAGUUCAGUACCAGAUAAAGAUUCCAAAGAUUGUGAGGAUGAUACUGCAAAAGAAUGUGGGCCCAAGGAAGAAGCUCUUGAUUCUAUUGUUCCAAAUGAGUUGAAAAAUACAUCUAAAGAUGAUAAUGGUGAUGAUGAUGGACCUUCUGAAUGUUCUCUUGAUGAGUUAAAAAUUUCUGCAGAAUCUGAUACUGUUCCAAAAGCCACUGACAAUUAUGGUCCAGAAAUCUCGACAGAGACUGGUGAAAAACAGAUUAAUUCAAGUGCCAAUUUAUUGGAUAACGCCUCUACAGAGCAAGUAGUUUCUAUUAGCGUGCCCUCAUUGCAACAAGAUGAACCACUGCCAUCCCUUCAAUUCCUUCUCGAUUCUGUCAAUCGCGCUCGUGAUAUUCAUCAACAGCCUUGUCAGAGUGCCGUAGAAGAGGUCUCGGAAAGGCCUGUUGUGGAAAAUGAAGCUGAAGAACCAGGCAGAAGUAUUCAGACAACCGAUAUUUCAAAUGAAAGCAUGAUGGAGGGAAAUAACGCUUUGAAUCUCAACAAUGGCAAACCAGCAACUAGUGGUGGUCUCCAUGGAGUUCAGAAUCCCGAAAAUGUUCAUGAACUUCCCAUUGAGGCGCAAGGUGCACCAAACCACCUGGAUGUGGCUUCAGAUAAUGUUGCAAUGGUAAACCCGGUGCAACGUGGUGAGGGAGAAUCAAGUUUCUCUGUUGCAGGUCCUGUUUCGGGACGAAUAACUUACUCUGGACCUAUAGCAUUUUCUGGCAGCGUCUCGAUUCGGUCAGAUAGCAGCACAACUAGCACCAGAUCCUUCGCCUUUCCCAUACUUCAGACGGAGUGGAACAGCAGCCCUGUAAGAAUGGCAAAAGCGGACCGAAGGCGGCUACAGAAGCAUCGUGGAUGGAGGCAUGGCAUUCUAUGCUUUUUCAUGACAACCAUUGAUGCUGCUGCUUCUCUCCAGAUUCAUCAGAUGCAAGCUUCUCAUGAUCAAUGA